GCUUGGAAAACCUGGCAACCCCGAAGGGAAGUCUUGUGUAGUUUGAAUAGCUUACGAAAGAGAAGUGGAGCCCGUCCGAGUGGAAGUAGUUAUGUGCUCGGGGUUUAUUUUGAUAUAUUUACUAGCAUGGAGAAAAUGAACCACAGCCGCAAGUGCGUCCUCUGUCAUCGACUCGAUGAGACGAAAACAACCGGAGCCCUAUCGAAGAAAGAGCAGGUCACGGCCCACCAGAACUGCCUGCUCUUCUCGUCKGGCAUUUUUUGCACCGACACGCCGGAGUUCGACGACCUGUUCGGCUUCUCCAUUGAAGACGUGCAGAAGGAGGUGAAGCGAGGAAGCAAACUGUCGUGUAGACGCUGCAAGAAGAAGGGGGCCACAGCGGGGUGUGAGGUGAAGCGCUGUCAGAAGACCUUCCACUACCCGUGUGCCAUGGAAAUGGGAGCCACGACGUUUGAGGAUAACGACAAUGGGAAAUAUGGACUGUACUGCCGACUGCACAGUGAUCCAGAAAAUCGCAAACCCAAAACGCCCCGAAACUCCAAGAACCCAAAUAAAGUCGGACCAUCAAAGACUUGUUGCCUCACCUGUGAGAGGAAGGAGGGAAAUAUCAGCUUGGACAGUUUAUCUAACAGCAUUGUCAUGAUGUUCUGUGCCCAACAUGCUCCUUCAUCGCUGCAGACGAAAGCCAACGGAGAUCCUUCAGCUGCCGUUUGGUCGUCCUCAUGCAGCGACUCGUCAAGUAUAUCACAGACCAAGAGACAGCAGAGUUUUGAUGAAGAGGAAGAAGACGGUCUGCUCAGGAGGAAAUCGGUGAAAAAGAGCAGGUUGUUGUCCGAAGAUUCUUCAAACACAGAUGAGGAGGGACUUAUGCCGCCAUUAGAGUCAGACUUUGAGGAAAGUGCGACCUUUGUGCAGGAGCACGAAUCAGCUCUCCCUCCACUCAUCAGCAGGGAGUCAGAAAAACCUUCAUGUUCCUCAGCAGGGAAUAUGAAUUCAGACCUAAAUAACAACAACGACGACACGCUCACACACUCUGAUGCGGAGUCCGAGAGCUUGCUGUGCCCGGUGGCGGCCGGCGUCGAGUUUUACCCGGGUCCCGCGCCUCCAUCCGUAGCUGACGAGCGUCUGCAGGUUCAGCUGUCGGAGAAAGCGGUGCAGACCAUAAAAAGAGAAAACCAAGAGUCCAGAUGCGAGCAGCACGAAGAACACAUCAACGGAUCGUCCGUCCCUCAUCAGAGCGCCGCCACCGCCCCUCACCCAGAGCGCUCCAGCAGCGCUCCGCCGUGCACCAGCCCCGACUUUACCGCAGCUCCGCCCGGAUCCGACUGUGUGACUGUCCUCUCGUCCCCGCCCCGACCCCGUUCAUCCGCCCCAGGCCUGUUCCCUCCAUGCAUCCCUCCUCGCUCGGAGCCCUCCUCCACCCGAGCUCCUCCCUCACAUGUCGUCGACUCGGCCGUCUUCUGGAGGAACUACAACGCGGCUGGAUGCACGCAGGCCAUCUUCACUGAGUUCAUUAGAGAAGUUGACAACAUUUCCAGCAGAAUCCAGUGUGAUCAGGCCAGCCGGGAAGAUUAUGACCGGGCGCUUUCAAUGAUGCUGGCUUCUGGAAGACUAGCAGACCUCGUUACCAAGCAGGAAGAAGGAAAUGAGCAGAAAUACAAGGAGGAAGGCAUGCAGGAAAGGUCUCCGGGUCAGGAAUCAACUCUGAAGACCGAGGCCUCUGUGGCGCCUGCUCUACCGCUUCACCAUGCGAUGCGAUGCAAGGCUGGUUUUUAUUAGGAUAAUGACCUCUUACUAACUGCAGCAUCUUCACAAGGUUUACUUUUCUUUUUUUCUUUCUUGGGUUUAUGCAUAAAAUUUGCACCAAAAUUCUCUCACAUUCAUGGCAUUCAAACAUGGUGUUGCAUGUUUGAACAGUUGAAUGUUCUUUCAAGGAAAUAUUGAAUUGACACAAACCAAAACGCCUCAGGGUCCAACUGGAAAAGCUGUCAACAAAUGUGACAUGACUCAACAACGUUCAGGUUAUCCGUGUUCAAUCUGACGCGAUAACUGUAACGGGCUUUGAUCAUUGGGAAUGCAUGCUGGAAAGGUUGAGAUCAGAGGCGGGAAUACACGCAAUUGCUGAAAUGUUAUUGGUGCUCUACAAAUAAUAUUUGACUUGACUUGGUUUUCGACUGCCAACCCCAAGUUUCU